UUGUUGUUCAGAGCUGCCACGAGACGUGCGCAGCUCACCGUCACGACGUCUUCCACCAAGCGCCGCAAGUUUGCAGAGCCUCGCAGACCAGGAGGAACCGCUGCCCUUCCGCAGGCCAGACACGCAGACGCCGCCGGAAGACGUCCCCAACACCGCCACGAGCCCGGCUUGUCGACCUCUCUAUCCUCCUCGAUCCCAGCAGGGACUGCUGCUCGCUCGACCUCCGACCGCAGCUCCUCCGCCUCGCCCUCGCCGCGUUACAUUCCCGCCCACCUGCAGGACGAGGUUCUGGGCAUCCGAACCAAGGCCCGCCCGCGCUCCCCCACCCCAGAGUCCGCCUGCAGUGCCGAAUCGCCCUCGACGGCCUGUGCUGGCUUGACCUUGUCCAGUGAUACCCUGGCCGACAUGUCCGGUUCCGAGAAAAGCGACCCCGUCCGGUCGUCCUCACCGGCGGUCAAACGGUCGGCAGAUGAGAUCGACCCCGACCACGAGCAGCAACCCCGGCAACCGCAGAACGAGGAGCAGAAGGCCGAUGUGGAGAUGGAUAUGGGCUCGGAAGACCAGUCAGUACCCCAGCGAGCGUCCUCGGUGGAUAUGAUGGGCGCCGAGGAAGAGGAAGAGGAGGAGGAGGCCAAAGAGUCUCCUACCGUCGUGUAUCCCACCCCGUCCAGUAUGUCGACCUACACCACCACCUCGUCCACCCGGCGGAGCUCCCAGUCGCAGGAGUCACACGCGACACACGAUCUACCCUCCAUCGAUGACCAGGUCGCCCAUGUGACGAGAUUCAUGAUGAUGCCGCUGCAGGAGAAACAGAAAGGCUACGUCAUCUCGAGCGCCUGGCUGCGGCGGGUCCUCUCGCGCAGCUCAACGCACGCAGAGACGGGAGACAAGACGGCCACCGAAGGCGAGAUCGGCCCCGUUGACAACUCGGAUCUGGUACUUGUGACGGACCCUGUCACCAGCUUCAAGGACGAGACCGGAGAGCCCUUCGUGCCCAUGCGUCCCGGCCUGCAAAUUUCGGAAGACUACGAGAUCGUCCCCCAGGAGGCCUGGGAUCUGAUCAUGAAGUGGUACGGUCUGGCCAGCCAGUCCCCUGCUAUCGUCCGCUACGCCCACAACACUGCCUCGGGGGGCGAUGCCGAAAAUGUCCAGUACGAGGUCAACCCGCCCGUCUUCACCAUCCUGAAACUUUCCAGCCCUGUGGCAGGCACCACGCCGCAGACCCUCCGGGAGAAAAGUACCCUCCCCAUCAAGACCCUGGCUAGCCGACACACCAACUUCCAAAAGUGGCUGAAAGAGGUCAAAGGCUUGGCCAACAUCGACAUCACGACCAAGGUCCGCGUCUGGAGGAUUCUUGGAGGCCUGGGCAGCGCUGCGGGCUCCGCCGUGAUGACGCCAGUUGCCUCCCGCAGCGCGUCUCCCGCCCCGGCUGCGUCGCUGGUUGCCAGUGCGGGCAACAGCCUGGCCUUGGACCUCAACACGUUCCUCUCCCUCUCCGAGGGUUCUCAGCGCGAGCUCCUUGAAGAAUGCAAAGACCAGACCAACAACGCCAACUACAAUGGUAAGAUGACCCUCGAUGUCGCCGGUCUGGGUGGCAGCGAUGUCAUCGUCCUUGAAGAGCGUGCUGGCGGCGCCAACGGAGACUGGGUGUCGGAAGCCUCGAAGCAGACCCUCAGCCGAUUAGGGGUUCCGACCGGCGCAAUCAAGGCUACCAAGCUCAAAUCCGACAAGAGUCCGGCCUCCAGCGGUCGCUCCUCUCCAGUCCUCGAGCCCAUCCGCGGCAGACGUAAGGAUGGCAAGCCCCGAGGCUGCACGGGACUGAGCAACUUGGGAAACACCUGCUACAUGAACUCGGCCUUGCAGUGUGUUCGGAGCGUGGAGGAAUUAACAUACUAUUUCCUGAAUAACAUGCACAAGAAGGACCUAAACCCAAGCAACCCCCUCGCUCACAAUGGCGAUUUUGCCAAGGUGUAUGCCAAUCUACUGCACUUGAUCUACGAUGAAGCCGGCCAGUCAUCUUUUGCUCCCCGUCAGCUGAAGAACACCAUUGGCCGCUAUGGUCCCGCAUUUUCUGGGUACGGACAGCAGGACUCUCAAGAGUUCCUUCUGUUCCUCCUGGAUGGCCUACAGGAGGAUCUGAACCGGAUCCAAAAGAAGCCGUAUAUCGAAAAGCCUGACUCGACGGACGAGAUGGUAAGGAACAAAACCGCCCUGCGAGAGUUUGCCGACAAGAACUGGGAUAUAUACAAGGCGCGCAACGAUUCGGUCAUCACAGAUCUAUUUGCGGGAAUGUACAAAUCGACCCUGGUUUGCCCGGAAUGCGACAAGGUCAGCAUUAUUUUCGAUCCGUUCAACAACCUGACCCUCCAAAUUCCCAUUGAGAACCUGUGGAGCAAGGAGAUCUUCUUCUUCCCCUUGAAUGGCAAGCCUGUUCUGGUGGAUGUCGAGAUUGACAAGAACGCCAGCGUCAAGGCUUUGAAGGAGUUGAUCGCCAAGAAGGUUGGCUCUGAUGCCCAACGACUCGUUAUGGCGGAGAUCUACAAGUACAAGUUCUACCGGAUGUUCGACAACACGAGCUCCAUUGCCGAACUGCAGAUCAACACCAAUGACGACAUCGGCAUAUAUGAGCUCGAGUCGGUCCCAACAAACUACAACCCGGACAAGGUCAAGAAGUCCUUCUCCAUGUAUUCCUUCAACAGCAGCCAGAACGAGGAGGUUCCCAGUUUCAAAUCCCCCAAGGCGGACCGCCUCCUGGUCCCGAUCUUCCACCGUGCCAUCCGACCCAAGGCCAACAAUCGUUUCUCCCAACGGUCGCUGUUUGGGGCCCCGUUGUACACGGUCAUCUCGCGGGAGGAAGCUUACAACUACGAUGCUAUCCUGAAGAAGAUCUUGGCUGGAGUUGCAACCAUGACGACCCGGGACAUUCUCCACGAAGAUGCAUCGGGUGAAGAAAAUCAGGAGGCAGCGGCCGCGACAGCGGCGGAAGACUCCGAUACUGUUAUCAUGAACGAUGACGAUGCUGAGUCGGCUGACUCCAAGAUCAAGACAUCUUCCGUGGAAGGGGAAGAUGGCCUCGUCGACGUCUCUAUGCAGGACGCCUCGGACGUGACGGAUCCAACUGCUACGCCUCAGAAAGUCGAAUCUACGGGUAUCUUCAUCCCCCCCGCCCUUCAAAACCUCUUUGAUGUGAAGAUCGUCAAAUCUGCAGAGGUUGUUCCCUUGGGCUUCCAGUCUGUGGAUGAGAACAAAGGUUAUAUGAUGAUGACCUCACGACUGAAGGCGAAGCAACCUCCGCCAGGCAAGCAGCCUAAACGGGAGCGCAUGUAUCCUAAUUCUACCCACCAAACUUCCCGCAACAACAGUAGUACAGAUGUGUCCAAGACGCAGCAGCAGCAGCAGCAGCAGGCUGAAAAGGGUCCUUUGAUUCGUCCUGGUGAAGGGAUUGUCCUGGACUGGAACGAGAAAGCAUAUGAUGCCCUUUUUGGCGGCGACGCUCGGGAUCCCGGUUCCCUUCGCGGCGGUCCCACAUGGACUCAUGUCGAGCAUCUCCCUGAUCCCGAACUGAAGGCUCGCCGGGAUCUGCGACACCGGCGGAAGAAGCGCGGCGUGACUCUCAACGAGUGUCUGGAUGAGUUCAACAAGGAGGAGAUUCUUUCUGAGAACGACGCCUGGUACUGCCCGCGGUGCAAGGAGCACCGCCGGGCUAGCAAAAAGUUUGAACUUUGGAAGACCCCCGAUAUCCUGGUCAUGCAUCUCAAACGAUUCAGCGCCAGCCGUGGCUUCCGUGACAAGAUCGACGUCCUCGUCGACUUCCCCGUCGAGGGCCUCGACAUGACCGGUCGAGUUGAGAAUCCAGAAGAGGACAAGAGUCUGGUCUACGAUCUGUUUGCCGUCGACAACCAUUACGGUGGUUUGGGAGGCGGUCACUAUACUGCUUUUGCCAAGAACUUUAUCAACGAUGAGUGGUAUGAAUACAAUGACUCCCAUGUGUCCAAGGUUUCCGACCCCCAAAGAGUUGUCACCCCCGCCGCAUACCUGCUCUUCUACCGCCGUCGGUCUGAACGGCCUCUGGGCGGGAAAGUCCUGGAAGAAAUCACCGAGUCGUCUACUAGACCUCCCACGUCCGAGGCGGACUCUCCGGCGCAGUCUCGCGGCACGUCACCGUCGGGGGAAGGCAAGCGCCUCGGCGGCUCCUCCCGCAAUGGGUCGUCGAGCGCUUUAGCCGGAGUCGGAGCAGCUCACCAAGCGGGAGGUGGUGGUUUGCGAACCGAAAUCCAAGCGAAGACCAACAGCAGCCGGAAUGAGGAGGACGACGACGAGCUGCCGGGAUAUUCAAACAACCCUGCGUCGGGCGAACAGAUCCUCGCCAAGGGGAGCAAUCUGACGGAAGAAGGGAUGGAUUUUGACGAUGACAACGACUUUGACGGCGGAGCGCCGCUCCAUAGCUCGUUUGGUCUGUCGAACGAUCAACCCAUGUGGUCCUUCGACCGCCUCUCCGAGGAUGCAGAUGUCCACCACGGCCCUCUUUCUUCGCAGAUGCUGGUGACCAACCAUACCCCGUCUCGGCCAGGGUCUGAUGAUGACCGCGAGGGUGAGGACGAGGACCUGUUUGACGACAACGCCAGUAACACAGCUGUCGGGGGUGGCGACCUCAGCGAUUCCGAUACCCGCCUCGUCGGCUUAACAGACAGCCCAGAUCCGGGUGCCGCCUUCGGAGCCACCUCGUUUGAGGACAUCCCUCCGCAACUAGACGACGAUGAGGAUGAGGAGCUGCCUGUGGUGGAAUUACGAGUACAUGACGAGGAGAAACUUGAUUCUGAUUAG